AUGACUCAAGUUGUUAAACCAGCACACAACCUUGCCAAUAUGGACGCUACUAUGAGCGCUGCUGCGCCUUCCCUUGCUCCUAAUAGCAACAACAAUGGAUACCUGAAUGGUAACAGCAACAAUGCAACCCAGCACAAUGGUAAGACCACCACCACCAGCAAUGACUUCAAGCCCACAUCGCAAGAACAAAAGCAAAAGCCACCUGUUCAACAAGAAGUGGGCACUGCACAAUAUGUGAGCGGAUGGGUCCACGCGAUGUUGUUUUGGGAACAACCCGUACGAAGUGCAGCUCUUUUCGCGUCUUUGAUGACCGUGUUGAUCUUGACGCAGUAUUACUCUUUGUUACAACUGGCUGCUGCAGGAUUUACAAUCUUGACUGCUCUUAACUGGUGCCACGUGAAUGCUCAAAAGUUUGUGCUUGGUAGUCACCCACACACGGAUCGUUUCGUACAGGGUAUUUCAAUUCCUCGUGAUCGUGUGGAGCGUGCUGCUCAACGUACGGUGGAUGUGUUGGAAGCUAUUGUACAGCAAAUCACUCGCUUAAUGUUGAUCGAGGACAGCGCACGUUCGGCUUGGGCGGCAGGCAUUGCCUAUCUCGUAUGGACCCUUGGUGCCUACAUUCCCACAAAGUACAUGGUCGGUGUGUUUAUUGUGGGCGCAUUCACCUUACCACGCCUCUACACUCAAAAUAAGGAGGUCAUUGAUCGCCAUGUCGCAGAACAAGCUAAACGCGCCCAACAGCUGACCAAACAAUACGGAUCGGUAGCCAUGGUCAAAGCUAAGGAGUUAUAUGGUCAAGCUAUGACAUCCAUCAAUAAGAGCAAGGCACCAACAGCAGCAACACCUGUUCCCACUACUACCACCGCCACCAACUAA